AUGGACUACGACCGCUACGACGCCUUCCUGCACCACAUCUUCAAGCAGACCCAGGGCGACGCGUGGUUCCGCCCCAACGAGGACGCCCUCUCCGCCGGCGUCGCCCUCCGCGUAGAGCACCCCGGCGUGCCCCUCCCCGAGUUCCGCGUGUUCCCCUACGAGAACCCCGCCCUCGAGCCCUUCGAGGCCGCCGUCGCCGCCCUCAACCCCGCCGUCGCCGUCAAGGUGCGCAACGCCGCCGUGCAUGCCGCCCUUGCCGAGGUGGGCCCCGAUAAGAGCAUCUACGUCGAUGCCAACACCCAGAUCCAGAUCCUCGAGACCAUGAUGGACCUCCCGAGCGCCGAUAAGGAGCAGAGCGCCGCCUUCGUCCGCGACGAACGCGUGCUGGUCGUCUGGUCCGACGCGAUAGACAGCAUCAUCCCGCUCUGCCAGGACUUCGAGGAGCGCCUCAUCAAGCUCCUCUGGCGCUCCCGCCCCAACGCGGCGUCCCACGCCGCCUCCGCCAGCUCGCAGCCCGCGAGCGUGUCCGGCUCCGUCGAGGGCCACUCCCUCAUCCGCCCCAGCUCGCGCCUGUCCGUGCCCCCCACGCGCUCCCUCCAUGCCCCGGCGCUCCCCGGCACCCCGCGCGGCAUGGGCCGCGACAGCCUCGAGCUGGGCCCCGACGUCGAGAAGGGCGUUGGUGUGCAGGAGAAGGAGGCGGGCGCCAAGACCGUCGUGCGCAGGACGUGGUGGGGCCGCCGCAAGGAGGUCGUGGUGGACGACCGCUCGGAAGCGAGCCUGUAUGGCGAGCGCGAGCCGGACCCGCGCCCGAUGCGGUUCCUCGCUCCGCUCUACAAUGGAUUCGCGUUCGCGCUGAGCAUUUUUUUUAUUGGGAAUGGGCUCAAUACCCUCAUUGUGGAGUGGCGGCUCGAUAACGACUACGUGCGCUUCGCGCUCGCGGUCCUCAUCCCGCUCCUCUUCGCCGUCUCCCUCUUCUUCGCGAUGCAGAUCGUCCAGAACGUCACGAUGGCGCUCGGGCCGAUCGCGCAGUACCACCAGAACUCCAAGUACUACUCCGCGGUGAAGCCCCGGCCGAACAAAGUCGUCGACGCGGACCUGCCGCACAUCGCGAUCCAGAUGCCGGUGUACAAGGAGAGCCUGGACGCCGUGCUGGCGCCGUCGAUCGAGUCGCUGAAGAAGGCGAUGCGCACGUACGCGCGGCAGGGCGGGACGUCGACGCUGUUCGUGAACGACGACGGGCUGCGGCUGCUGGCGGUCGAGGAGCGCGACGCGCGGAUCGCGUACUACGCCAACCACGGGAUCGGCUGGGUCGCGCGCCCGCGGCACGACCCCGCGCCGGACGGGUUCCGCCGCGCGGGGCGCUUCAAGAAGGCGUCGAACAUGAACUACGGGCUCGCGCUGUCGCUCAAGGCGGAGAAGCACCUCGCGGUGCUGCAGGCGCAGGCGGCGGCGCGCGGGAGCGCGGCGGGGCACGGCGUGCGCGAGGAGACGCGGUAUGGGAUGCAGUACCAGCAGCACGACGGGGAGGACCAGGGGGUGGUGAAUGUGGGGCGGGGCCAGCGGGGGAGCGCGGAGGGCGAGGAGCGCGCGGAGGAGGAGUGGUUCGACCUCGAGGAGCAGGCGCUGCAGAUGGCGAUCGACGAGGUGUAUGAGGCGAGCGGGCACCGGUUCCGCCCGUGGGCGGCGAACGGGCGCGCGUGCCGCUUGGGCGAGCUCGUGUUGUUGGUCGAUUCGGAUACGGUCGUGCCCGAGGACUGCUUGCGGGAUGCGGCGCGCGAGAUGGCCGAGGACCCGACGCUUGCUAUUCUCCAGCACGAGUCUGAUGUUAUGCAGGUCGCGCACCACUACUUUGAAAACGGCAUCGCGUACUUCACGCGGCGGAUCAACAAGUGCAUCUCGUACUCGUGCUCGAACGGCGAGGUCGCGCCCUUCGUGGGGCACAACGCGUUCAUGCGCUGGCAGGCGAUCCAGGACGCGGCGUUCGUAGACCCCGCGGACGGGCAGGAGAAGAUCUGGUCCGAGUCGAACGUGUCCGAGGACUUUGACAUGGCGCUGCGCCUCCAGAUGCGCGGGUACAUCAUCCGCUGGGCGACGUACUCGAAUGGCGGGUUCAAGGAGGGCGUCUCGCUCACCGUGGACGACGAGCUGAACCGCUGGCAGAAGUAUGCGUACGGCUGUAACGAGCUGCUGUUCAACCCGAUCGUCCAGUGGUGGCGCCGUGGCCCGAUCGCCGUGCAGAUCCAUAGGUUUUUGUGGUCGGGCGCGCCGAUGCACUACAAGAUCUCCAUGCUGUCGUACAUGUUCUCGUACUACGGUAUUGCAGCCUCGCUGACGAUUGCGGUCCUCAACUACAUCCUGCUCGGCUGGGAGCUUCCCGUGGACGGCUUCUACCAGCACAGCUUCGAGAUCUGGCUUGCGACGACGGUCGUGUUCAUCGGCUCGGGAAAUGUUGGGUUCACGCUAUUGCAGUAUCGCAUUGGCGCGCGGUCGUUGCUCGGGGCGUUUUUCGAGAACGUGAUGUGGGUUCCGUUCUUCUUCUUUUUCUUUGGCGGGCUCUCGCUCCACCUGUCGAUUGCGGUGCUCGCGCAUCUGUUUUCGUACAAUAUUACCUGGGGCGCGACGACGAAGGAGGUCGAGCGGUCCAAUUUCUUCAAGGAGGUGCCCAAAAUUCUAAGGAGAUUCUGGUUCGCGUGGACACUGUCCGUCGUGUUCAUCGCUGGCAUGAUCAUCGAGAGCACGACGUUGGUCCCCAUCGAGUGGCGCAUCACCGGCGCCGGAUGGGCCGUCAUCCUGCCGCUCGCUAUCUCCUCGAGCUGCCAUAUUCUUUUCCCGAUCGUGCUGAACCCGUGGUUGAUGAUCUUCUCGUAUUAA